CCCUUGCCACCAUUACGGAGCCGACAAGCAGCAACAGCCAAGCAUGCGCACCACAUACUUAUAAGGUCGUGCGAGAGUUGGUUGUCUCUCAUCACCACGCAGCCUCCACACUUGGGCUUCAGAGCUCUCGGUACUCGCACACUCCGGUCGCUUUCCAGUCUUCUCACUCUUCCGACAACCUCCACCUCCCACGCGCACCAACAACAACAAUGGGUCGCUUCGCAUCCUUCGGGGACCGUAUGGCCUCGCUCCGCAUUGGCAACACACGAUACAACUCGCCCAUGGUCCAGGUCUUCCUCAUCGGCUUCGUGUGUUUCCUUACCCCGGGCAUGUUCAACGCGCUUUCGAACCUUGGCGCGGGUGGUGCCCAGGACGUCGCGCUCGUGGACAUUACCAACUCGCUCCUGUACGCCAUGUUUUGCAUUGUCGGCUUCUUCUCGGGCUCGAUCCACAACGUUAUCGGCUCCCGUCUCACUCUGCUUAUCGGCGCAUGCGGCUACCCCAUUUACGUCGGCGGCCUCUGGGCUCUUCAGGUCCACCACGUCCGCCCAUUCCUGAUGGUCACCGGUGCCAUCCUCGGUGCUUGCGCUGGUCUUCUUUGGACCGCCCAGGGCACCAUUAUCAUGGCGUACCCGCUCGAGAAGGACAAGGGCCGUGCAUUCGGCAUCUUCUGGGCCGUCUUCUCUUCGGGUGCUGUCGUUGGCGCUUCGAUCGCUCUCGGCAUCCAGUGGAAGGAGGGUGACAUGCCCAACGUCUCGACCGGUGUCUACCUCGCCUUCCUGAUCAUGAUGCUUGUCGGUGUUGUCGCCUCGCAGCUCGUCCUGCCGGCCAAGAACAUUGUCCGCCCCGACGGCACCCUCGUCGAGCUCGAAGACACGCUCUCGCCCAAGGAGGAGAUCAGGGAGUUCUUCCGCCAGUUCAAGGACUGGAGGAUGCUCGCUCUCUUCCCCAUGUUCUUUGCCAGCAACUACUUCUACGCCUACCAGGGUGCCAUUGUCCCCUUCAUCUUCAACGGCCGCUCGCGCGCUCUUUCGUCUCUUAUCACCAACCUCGGUGCCGUUGUCGGUGGCCUCUUCGUCGGCUUCCUCCUUGACCUUAUCCCCGCCAAGCGCCGUACUCGUGCUAUCAUCGGCUGGGUCAUCGUUACCAUUUUCCUCGCCGGUGUUUGGGGCGGCGGCGUCCACUUCCAGAGGCUCUUCAAGCGCGUCCCGAACCCCGAGGACCAGUGGCGCUACGACUACAACCAGGGCCGUGCCCCCGAGGCGUACGGUCUCCUCUUCAUGUACUACUUUACCGACUCGCUCUUCCAGGGUCUCGCGUACUACAUCAUGGCCUCGCUCUCCAACAAUCCGUUCAAGCUCGCCCGCAUGACUGGCUACUACAAGGGUGUCCAGUCUGCCGGUGCCGCCAUCUCGUUCGGCAUGGACGCGGUCAAGACGCCGUACCUCACCGAGCAGAUCGUCUCGUGGCUCCUCAUGUUCUGCUCCAUGCCCCUCGCCCUCCUCGUCAUCCGCACGAUCAAGGAGUCCAACUACGAGGAUGAGAAGACUGUCCACGUCGAGGAUGUGCCCGAGGAGAAGAUUCACGUCGCCCUCCCUGCUGGCCACCAUGCGCAGCACGACAUUGAGACUGGGUCCGACACAAAGUUUCAGGAGGAGCUCCAGGACCGCCUCUAAGCGCACACGCGCACGCACGCAGCGCCCGUGACUGCUGGCCGUGCAGUUUAGUUCUAUUUAUGGGUAAUAUUGUACGCAGAUAGCGAAGGGGAGAAGGAGAGCAUGAUGCACG